AUGCCCCGGAUCGGGGAACCGUACGAGUGGGGCAACCCUUGGGAAGGAACAGAACUCGAAGACAUAAUUAACGAACUGAUACAGAAAACUGAUGAGAAUAGGGAGAGACUUACUAAGUUAGAGACAAUAGUAGAAGGCAUUCAGUAUGACCUCAAGUCUUUCACAGAAGAAACAAUUAAGAUGAUGAAUAAUAUUUACAAAAAGCUUUCAGAAGUAUAGGAAACACCUACUUAAAGACGUACUUAUAUAUUUAUCGUAUAGAGAGAAACCGGGAAUGACUGAAAAAACAAUUUUCUCGACUAAGGGUAUAGGAGGGAUGGAAAAACUAUUUGAGAACAAGAAAUUAAAUGUAAGCGCAAGAACUGUGAGGAGGGGUGAGGAGGUACUGUUCUACGCAAAAGAUGUGGCGGAAUCACUAGGAUACAAUAAACCUAGAAACGCUGUUAGAAUUCAUGUUUGGGAAGAGGACAAGUGUACCCUGGGUAGUCUACGAAGGGGCCCUGCUGAAGGGCCCCUUUACAAGGGUCAACCAGAGACGGUUCUUAUUAUUGAACAGGGUCUGUAUCAGUUAAUAUUCGGAUCUGAACUUAAGCAUGCGAAGGACUUCAGAAGAUGA